AUGUUUUCAGUUACAUCCCUGGCAUUGAUACUCUCCAUUUGGAUAGCCUUCUUUCGUCUGCAAGCCACAGCACUAUCCAGCUAUGCGGUCGUCGAGCAUUUGCACGAUGUGCCUGAAAACUGGGUAAAGCGCAACGCAGCACCAGGCUCUGAACUGGUGAGAUUUCGACUCGCAAUGGAACAGAUCAAAACAGCCGAAUUCGAGAAGAGAGUCAUCGAUAUGUCAACGCCAGGACACCGAAGCUAUGGACAUCACAUGAAUCGAGAUGAGCUCAAGGAGUUCUUGCGUCCUUCUGAGCAGACACUCGACAACGUUCUCGCAUGGCUGAAAGCAGAAAGUGUAUCUGCGAAUUCAAUUGAAAAUCAUGGAAACUGGGUGACUUUUACGGUCCCGGUGUCACACGCGGAACAAAUGCUGAAAACGCGCUUCUAUACCUUUCAGCACAAAGAGACGGGGGCUAUGGUCAUCAGAACACUCGAAUACUCUGUUCCCAAGCAGAUUCACUCGUCCAUCCAGACGAUCCAGCCAACAAUCCGCUUUGGACGACCGAUACGUCAUGGAGAGCCGUCGCUUUUUGAGGGGACGCUCGCCACUCAGAAAGACCUGUCUGCGGAUUGCUCAGAAGUGAUUACCCCGAGUUGUCUUCGUCAGCUGUAUGGGAUUCCCGUCGCGGAUGUCAAACCCGACACUCGUAACAAGCUGGGAGUAUCUGGCUUUCUAGACCAGUACGCGCGUUACAGUGAUUUCGAGGAAUUUAUGCGUAGAUUUGCACCCAACCGAACGGGAUUCAAUUUCAGCGUGGUCUCGAUAAAUGGUGGAGUUAACCUGCAAGAUUCGUACUUGGGUAGUACCGAGGCGAGCCUGGACACACAGUACGCCUAUUCUUUGGCAUACAGCACGCCAGGAACAUUCUAUACAACACGAGGCCAUGGACCGGAGGUGUCUGAGGGAGGACGGUUGAAAACACGUGAUACAAAUACCGAGCCUUAUCUUGAUCAACUGCAUUACCUUCUUAGCCUUCCAGACGAGGAAUUACCCGCCGUUCUUUCGACCUCGUAUGGCGAGGACGAACAAACCGUUCCGGAAUCAUUUGCGAAUGCGACCUGCAAUCUUUUUGCUCAACUUGGGGCGCGCGGGGUAUCUGUAAUCUUCAGUAGCGGUGAUUCUGGUGUCGGAUCCCCAUGCGUCACCAACGACGGAACCAAGAGAGCAAGGUUCUUGCCUGUCUUUCCCGCAACCUGCCCCUUUGUCACCGCGGUUGGCGGCACACAUCAGAUCAACCCUGAGAAAGCCAUUGCCUUCUCAGGUGGAGGGUUUUCGGAUCGGUUUGCACGCCCGUCGUAUCAGGAUACGGCUGUCCAGAGCUACCUUGACAAGCUUGGGGAAAGAUGGAAUGGCCUCUAUAAUCCACGCGGAAGAGCAAUACCCGACGUUGCUGCUCAGGCCUUCAACUUUCUCAUCAUCGAUCAUGGGAAAAUGAUGAAGAUAGGCGGCACAAGCGCCCGUAUUUGCGGCUAUAAUCUCAAGACUCAACGGGGCGCGUCUUGA